GAUCCAUGAGUGUGAUGGCGUGCCAACAGGACAGCUGGAGUUUUUUGGUAUUUUAUCUCAUUGAGGAAGUUUAGAAAAAUUGGCUUUAAAAGGACGACCUCAGAGCUGAGUGCAGUCGAACAACAGCUCACUGAACGCUGUCGCCAUGGCAAAGAUGAUUAAGAAUGUGGACUUCCACUGCAAGUCCAACAACACGGCCCAUCGCACUAUUGAAAUAACAUCCAAGCAGCUGAUUGUGAGGCGGGGUCAGACCUUCCUCCUGACUCUGGAAAUGACGCAAGCUUUCAAAGACCAUGAAGAACUUGUCCUCGCGGUGGAGACAGGUUCUGCUCCAUCAGAAAAACUUGGGACCCGGUCGGAGUUUGGUAACCCGUCUCCUAUGUACGCCAGUGAAGUCAAGGCAAUAUGGAAGUACAGCAUUGACAAGAGCUCCAACCUUCAGUGGGGCAUCGUGACCCUGUCUGUUACCCCGCCGGCAGAUGCUCCGGUGGGCCGGUACUCGCUGUCUGCGACGACGGCAAGUGAAAAGAAAGCUCUGGGGACUCUGGUGGUGCUCUUCAACCCGUGGUGCUCAGAUGAUUGGGUGUUUCUCCCUGAUGAGAAGGAGAGACAAGAGUAUGUACUGAACGAACAGGGAACGAUCUAUUUCGGAACGGCCGGUUACCUCCACCCUAUGGCCUGGGACUUUGGACAGUUUGAGGAGGAAAUGGUGGAUAUUUGUCUCAAGAUGUUGGACAUCAACCCAAAACACACCAAAGACCCGGCUGACGACGUGUCCGCUCGCUGUAACCCGAUCUACGUCGGCCGUGUGGUCAGCGCCAUGAUCAACUGUAACGGUGAUCGAGGUGUGUUACUGGGACGCUGGCAUGAAAACUAUGUUGAUGGAGUCCAUCCCACCCACUGGACUGGCAGCAUUAGCAUCCUCCAGCGCUGGUAUCAAAACAACUGCCACCCAGUCAAAUACGGACAGUGCUGGGUGUUUGCUGGUGUAAUGUGUACAGUGAUGCGGUUCCUGGGUAUUCCAUGUCGAGUUGUCACAAACUUCCAGUCAGCACAUGACAAAAACAGCAACCUCACAAUUGAUGAGUAUUACGACAACUUUGGUAUAAAAGCCUCAGAGACCCAAGACAGUGUCUGGAACUUCCAUGUGUGGGUGGAGGGAUGGAUGAAACGACCAGACCUAAAAAAAGGAGACAAGUAUGACGGCUGGCAAGUCUUGGAUCCCACACCACAGGAGGAGAGCGAAGGAGCGUUCUGCUGUGGUCCAGCCCCGGUCACCGCCAUCUUUCAGGGCGACACUGACCUGAAAUAUGACGUGCCGUUUGUCUUUGCUGAAGUCAAUGCUGACAUCGUCAAGUGGAUGGUCAGUGCUGGAGGUUUAAAGCGGAAAAUGCACUCGGACACCUCCAAAGUGGGUCAGAACAUCUCCACCAAAGCUAUUGGCUCCAACAUGAGAAACGACAUCACAAACCUCUACAAGCACAGAGAAGGCAGUCCAAAGGAGAGGGCAUCCUUCAAACAUGCUAUCAGCAGAGUGAACUCAGAAGACGAUCCAGAGGAGAGCAGCGGAGACGAGCCCCUGAAGGUGGACAUGAAAUUUCAGGAGGAGACCAAGAUGGUGAACGGUCAGGACAUAAAGCUGAAUCUGAAGCUGAGCAACAAAGAGCACAGGAACAAGACAAUGUCUAUCCGUGUCAACGCCCAGGCCAUGAGGUACAACGGGAAGCCGGCCAACAACAUCCAGAGCACGUUCCAAGAGAAGACGCUGCUGUCAGGGCAAGCGGUGAUCAUCCCCGUUCACAUCCCCUUCUCAGUCUACAGUAAACACAUGGUGAGCUGUGACAGCCUGAAGGUUUCCGCCGUGGCCUUCGACCAAAAGCAGGACGACGACAUCUACGAGACAGAGACUGACAUCACGCUGGAGGACCCGCCCAUCUCUAUAAAGGUCAUAGGCGAGGCUCGUUUGUUCCAAACACUGUCAAUGGAGGUUGAAUUCACAAACCCCCUGAACGUGACGCUGAGAAACUGCUCUCUGACCGUCAUCGGGUGUGGCCUCUUCAGAUCCGACUACGUGGAGGGAAACAUCAGGGAGCUGGAGCCAAACGCCACCAUGACGCUGAAGAUCACCACGGUCCCCUACAGGUCCGGGCUCAGGACCGUGGUGGCCGACUUCGACUGCAGCGCCUUCAGAGACGUGAAGGGGAGCAGCACCGUCCACGUCAAACCAUGACUCUGCUGAAACCUUUCACGUCUGUUUAACCACCAAUCACGACGUCAACAAUCAGCAGGGCGCUCUCUUACAUCGUGCUUAACUUCGGUGAAGGUUUUCUGUCUGCUGUAAGCGAAACAAAUCAGCCAGUCAGUCGCAUAAAUGUGGUUUUAUUGUUUGUAUUUGUUGUUGCACCCUCUCAGAUAUUCUUGCUUUUCCUCGUUUGUUAAUGUUAUAUUGUGUUCUGUGGGAGCGGAGAAGGUAAUGGCGUCUUAUCCAACAGGGUCCUAAGACGCUGACUAGACUUUUCUCCUCUGUCGCCCCCCGGUGGUGGAAUGAAGUACCAACCUCCUUUUGAUCUCCUCUGCACCUUUAAGAAAAAGCUAAAGACCCAGCUCUUUAUGAACACCUACGACCUUCAUGAUGAUGAUGAUGAUGAUGAUGAUGAUGAUGAUGAUGACAGCUGGUCACUUCCUGUCAGCACAAACUAGUUGAUUUGACGAUGUUUGUUUUGAUGGAUUCUGUCGGCUCUUUUUAACGUUGAGUUUGUUUUGUUAUGUGUGAACGCUGAAUCUCCCUGCACAACAAAUUUACCUUUCUUGGAACCAAUAAAGAAACUUUGAAACCUUG